AUGUCGCGCCCGACGACGCCGCGCGACGACGCCGGCGAAACGGCCUCGGAGGAGCCGACGGAUCUCGACGUAACGCCAUCGCGGGCGUACGACGAGAUGACCGAGGAGGAGAAGGCGGACGCGCGAGCGGCGAUCGAGGAGGAGGACAGACUCGCGGAGGAGGAAGCGAUCAGGCACGCGAAGAGGGAACAACGCCACGCGAGGGUCCUCGUCGCGCUCUUCUCCGUCGCGCUCCUGUGGUGCUCCUCCUUCGCGGUCUCCGACGCGAUCGUCGAGGCGCUGUUCGUCAUCCCGCACGCGCCGCACGACGUCCUCGUCAACGUGAACGAGACGUACGUACACGUGAAAAACGCGGAGAGGCUCUACGCCGCGUGCGCGACGUUCCAGACGAAAGGGUGCGUCGAUAACGUCCGCGCCGCCGCGCGCGUGGAGUCGUCGCGGGCGAGGCGCGUCGAACGCGUCAACGCCGCCGUCGUCGCCGCCGCGGAGGCGGAGGGGAAACGAUGCGUCGACGCGGACGAGACGCUCGCGCGGCUCCUUCGCGUGGCCCAGGCCGCUAUCGCGCCCAGGGACGUGCCGUGGAAGCUCGACAGCAAUCUGUGCGGUCCCGACGCCCGAGACGCGGUCCGCGCGAGGAUCGUCAACCCCGGAGACGCGCUCGCGGGCGUGUCCGACGACAUCGCGACCGCGACGUCGGCGUACCGAACAGACAGCGAAGCCGCGGUGAAUCGAACGACCGGCCUCGUCGUCGAGCGCGCGGGGUACGACGGCGCGUACAAGGACAACAAGUCCGUCGCGUUAGAUCGACUCCAAGUCGACGUCCAAACGAACAUGUCCACGGAGGCGUCGAAGAUCGCGUCCAACGUGGAUUUUCACGUCGGCUCGUUGGAGUUGGACGCCGGCGCGUAUUUACGCGCGACCGCUCUCGAGGCCGCGGACGCGCUGGAGUUUGUGAAAGGCGCGGCGAUGGCGGCCGUGCGCGCGUACGUCCUGACCGUGGAGGCGUUCGCGGAGGCGGUGAUUAAGCUUAUCAGGAAGGCGGCGAGUUGGUUCAAAGCGUUCAACGAAAUCGGCGCCGCCGCGGACGCGUUGAACAUCGGGAUAACCCCGGACAUGACGCCGCCGAGGGUGCCGAUCUUGAACCCGUUCAACAUCCCAGACCUGCCGCCGGAUAUCGCGCCGCGCGUGGACGCGAUGCACGACGUCGUCACCGCGAGGACGAUCGCGAUCGCGAACGCCGCGGACGCAGCGCGCGCGGAUCUCGUCGGCGACGUCGCGAGGAUACCCGAGACCGCGAUCGGGUGCCUCGCGGCCGCGGGCGUGCCGACGUUUUUCGACGAUUACGACCCGCCGCCGAGGGGCGAUGCGUCGACGACGAACGCGACGUCGAACGCGAGCGCGAUCGCGUACGCCGAACGCGAGCGCGCGGAAGCGGAGGCGAGAGGGGAACGGUUCGAGAACCAAACGAACGCGACGGCGGCGCUCGUGGAAAACGAACGCUCGGAGCUUCGGCGCGACGCGAACGAGACGCGGGGGAACGUCACCGACGAGGCGAGGAACACGUCGGACGCCGCGAGCGCGGCCGCGUCUGAAGCCGCGGCGAACAUCAAAGAGAAGCUCGGCAACGCGAGCGACUCCGACGGCCCGACGUGGCUCGGGGUCGCGCCCCCGAAUUUGGAAAAUGUCGAAAGCGCGAUGAGAGUUCUCUCCGCGUUGUUCGACGCGCUCCUCGCCGCUGACCUCGUGUAUCGCGUCGUUCGCUCGUUUCAGGCUGUCGCGAAGCACUUCUCGCACAAGAACUCGCUGCCGCCGAUCGAUCUCACCGCGAAGAACACGACGGAGAAGGAGGACGAGAAGGAAGAAGAGAAGACGCUCAUCAUGCGAUACGCGGAAAUAGUAGGGCACCCGAUCGUCCUCGUCGCCGUGCGGGUCGUCGCCGUGUCGUUAGCGGUGACGCUCAUAACGUACGCGUACCUUCCAUUUCACAAGGCGUACAGAACAGGCUGCAUCACCGGGUGCGACGGGACGUUCACCACGAUGAACAUGCACUCGUUCGCGCAUAAUUACAUCGCCGCGGAGGGUUCGCGAAUCAGCGCCGCGGGUGUUCUCCGCGCGGAAGCGGAACGACGCGAUCAAUGCGCGGCGCACGCGCCGUCCACCGCGGCGACCCUCGCGACCGCGCGCGUCGCGCUAGACGCCGUCGACGUCGCGAAAACGAGCGCCGCGUCGACGGCGUCGAUGCUCGUGAACUGCGUCGACGCGGAAGGGUACGCGGACGCCGCGACCGCCGCGGACGACGACGACGCCGCCGCGGACGUCUUCACUUCUGACGACUUGGACGCGAUGCGAGGCAUGAUGAAACUCGCCUCCGAGGCGUGGAUCCCGUGCUCGUCCUCGGACGCGACGCUGAACGCGACCUCGCUGUUCGAAUGCGAGGCGCUGCCGAAGUGUAAUCUCACGUGCGGAGGGCCGAAUCGAUUGAUGCUAGCGACGCUCGCGCACAUUUCGGGGUGCGCGGUGGAGGGCGUCGUUCACGCGUACGCGUUGAAGACCGUGCUCGUGACCGUCGUGUUCUUCGCCGCGAACUGGGCGAGGGAUAUCGCGGUGAACGGGUACGCCGCGCUGUGGUGGCGCGAGCUGUGCGGGAAUCGAGGGUUCCGGUUCGAAGGGACGUUACGCGCGGACGGCAGCGCGGUGAAACCUGAAAUCGGGAGAGGACGAACGCUGGCGAAAGUCGCGCGAGCGAAACUACGUUGGCAGGGGAGGAAGCACACCGCUAGUGGGUACUGGUCGCUGUUCAUCGCGAUGCUCGCGCAGGUGCCGGGGUUCGCCGCGCUGCUCGCCGCGCGUCGAUCGAGCCUCGUCACGACCGCGCGAUGCACCACCGCGUACCUCGCGAGGAAAAGGUGA